GGGUGUGAGUGUGUCACGGUGUGAGUGUGGCACUGGGUGAGUGUGUCACUGUGUCUCCAGUGUGUGAGUGUGUCAGGGUGUGAGUGUGUCAGGAUGUCACUGGGUCACUGUGCCACUGUGUGAGUGUGUCACUGUGUGAGUGUGCCAGGCUGUGAGUGUGUCACUGGGUCACUGUGCUUCUAAGUCAUUGUGUCACUGUGUGAGUGUGUCCCUGUGUGAGUGUGCCAGGGUGUGAGUGUGUCACUGGGUCACUGUGCUUCUAAGUCAUUGAGUGUGUCACUGUGUGAGUGUGUCACUGUGUGAGUGUGUCUGUGAGUGUGUCACUGUGUGAGUGUGUCAGGCUGUUUGUGUCACGCUCGUCGUGUCGCCAUGUUGGUGUGCCCGCAGUGCACCACCACGGGACGUCGGUGCCACAUGAGUGUGAUUGUGUCAUUGGGCUGUGACUGAGUGAGUGAGUGAGUGUGCCCCCAUUGUGGCCCCAUUGUGGCCCCAUUGUGGCCCUAUAGUUGUGUGGUUGUGUCCAUACAGUUGUGUAGUUGUGUUAUUGUGUAGUUGUGUUGUGUUGUUGUGUAGUUGUGUGGUUGUGUAGUUGUGUUGUUGUGUGUUGUGUGUUGUGUGGCCGUGCCCCCAUUGUGGCAGCACCGUGGCUGUGGGGUCACAGCGCCGUCGGCCCCACACGUGCAGAGGACACACAGGGCAUGGCAGGCGCCGUGUGGCAGACACUGCUGGCCCUAUUGGGGCUGUACCCCGGGCUGUGCCCGUCGCUGCCCCCCGCCCCCCGCCCACGACCCCCGGACCCUCGCGCAGACCUGGACGGCGUCGUCAGCCUGGCCAAAGCCCUCCUGAGCGACACCAAGGCCUUCCUGCUGCAGCUGCGGUCGCGCUUCCCCGCUGAGGGCGAACACAAACUGGACUCGCUGCCGUCACUGUCCAUGAGCGCCCUGGAGCUCAGCAACAUCCAGCCACCCGGCGCCCUGUCCCGGCUGAGCUCGGACCUGCAGCGCUACCAGCGGCACCUCGAGUGGCUGCGUCGCUCCGGGCCGGCGCUGCGCCCCCUGGAGGCGGAGCUGGGAGCGCUGCACAGCCGGAUGGAGCGGCUGCUCAGGCGGCUCGACCACCUGCUGUCCCGGCUGAGCCUGAGCCGCCCCAACGACCCCCACCCAGCGCUGCCCCCCCCCGGCUCCCCAUGGGCAGCCGUGCAGGCGGCGCACGCGGUGCUGAGGGGGCUGCACCUCCAUCUGGACUGGGCAUCCAGGGCCCUCGUGCUGCUCCGGAACCGGCUCUGACACCUGGAGUCACGUGAGCAGCGUCACGUGAUGGCGGGCGGCAAGGUCACAUGACACGGUACAGUCACAUGACACGGCACGGUCACAUGACACUGCACGGUCACGUGAUGGUGAACGCAGGUGACUUGCCCCCCCCCCCCUUUAUUUAUGCGCUAUUAUUUAUUAUUAUUAUUUAUUAAUUGCGUUCCGUUGUAUCGCCACCCUCUAUUUUAUUAUUUUAUUCGCCUUAAUUUUAUUAUUUUAUUGUUAUUUUAUUAUUAUGACGGUUAUUUUAUUGUUAUUGUUAUUUUAUAUCCCUCCUCCCGGUUGUUUAUUGCCCCCCCCGGCCUUAAAGGAUUGAAAGGGAAAUAAAAAAGAGCAGCAAAA